AUGUCUCUCAACCACCCCACCCACCCAGCAACGGUGCACUGGCCCCUGGCCUUCCUGACCGCCGCAUAUGGUCUCGACACUCUGCACACCAUGUACUCAUACGUGCCAUCGGCCAUCACCAGCUACUUCCCCGCGUCAGCCGAGAUGCCGCGGAUCGCCUACUACGCGCUCAGCGCAGGCCUGCUCACCUCAAUCCCGUCCGUAGUCACCGGCAUCGCCAACGCCGCGCAGAUGGUCCAGUCCCAGGGCAUGUACGAGGCCGACGGCAAGACGCUGAAGCCCAAGAUGAAGGUCAUCAUCGCCCACGCCCUGAGCAAUGACGUCAUCAUUGCCCUGAGCGGCUACAUCUGGUACUUGCGCAACCAGAGCUCGAGCUUGAACUUGACUUAUGCGCCUCAGUCGUGGAUGGUCGGUGUCGAGGCCGUUAUGGGGCUUGCGCUGCUUUACUCGGCGAACCUUGGUGGGACUCUGGUCUACAACUAUGGUAUGGGAUUGAGGAUGGGCAGCAAGAACAAGUCUUCUUGA